AUUUUGAAAGUCGUGGCCGGAAGUGUGUAUGCUCAGUCAAAGCACGGAGCAAUGAGCUACGCACUGUGGUGCUGAGUAUCUGUUGCUGAACUGCAGCUGUGUGUUGGUGAAAAAUCUGUCAACAGUAUAAAUGAUUGUGUUGUGAUACCUCUGCGACGGACGAGAUCUGACGGUAACACAACCACACCUGGGAGUUUGGUCAGGCCAAAGCCUGGUGUUUGGCUGGGUUUGAAUAUGGCUCUGUCGUUCCUGUUGGUCUUGGCUGCAACUGUGAUCCUCAUCAGACCCGAGACUCCUGUGACUAAGGCCCUACAUCAGAACUCCCUAGAGUGCUGUGGAGAAAAACAGAGAGGGAACAAUUCAUGUUCAAAUGACACUCACUGUGAACCAGGAUGCUUCUUGCGUGUCCUUGAGAACAGCAACACUGUUUGCAUAUUUUGUGACUCUGCUGCUGUGGAUUUGGAAAACAUAACAGUCUGCACCUACAACUACACAGUGGAGAGGAAGAAUCACACAACUGUGACUACUGUCAUUCCCAAGAUUGGAGGGCCGGGUGUGGCUGCCUCUCUUCUUCUGGGAACACUGCUGAUCAGCCUGUUCCUGAUCCUCUCCGUCGCUUCCUUUUUCUACCUCAAACGCUCCAACCGACUCCCGAGCAUCUUUUACCGCCGCAACAAGGCCUUCAUAUUCCAACCAAGUGAAACGGCUGUCAUGAUCCCGUCCUCGGCAGUGAGGAAGCCGAGAUAUGUCCGAAGGGAGCGGCCCUCUGCAGCAUCCACGCUGAACAGUGGCACCGUGCCCACUGCAUCCAGCACUCAAGACUACAACGUGUAGGAGGAGGGACGGGAGUGCUGGUGCAGUUAGGCGAGAACGCUCAGGAAUGAAGUUAGACUUUCUGAUCAUCAGGAGGAUCCACAGAAAGACCAGCUGACUCGUGCACAGGUGACCAAAUGUAACUGUAGCUGCUUCACAUCACUAGGACUGCUACCUUUACUGUAUGAGGUAUGAUUCUGAAAAGAUGAGGGUCACCCAAUUCUUUUCUUUUUGAAUUAGUUUUUCACACAAAAAAAAACAGUUUCAGUGUUUUUCUGUGAACUUGUUUUUUCCACUCAUGGUGCUCUCUUUGUUUUGAAGUUUAAAUAUUAUUAUUAUAUAGUUUGUAUCUGUUGUUUGAUGGUCUCUGUUUAAUCUAAAUGGGUUUAAUCAAUAAAGAUACAGACCUCUCUUUUAAAGGAAUAGUUUAAAAUACUCUUAACUCCCUCCCCGUUUAUAAAUAUAAAAAAACACCUUUACUGAGGGAUUGAACAUGUCUGAUCUCUUUUAAUCAGGACAAAAGAGGAAACUGAGAAUCUACAACUCCUCAUCUUCUGGGUUGUACUUUUUCCACUUUUUUUCUACAAAUUAAAAGACAGACCCUGCUAGCUGUUUUUCUUUUUUCUCCGUCUUCCUCCUAAAACAAGUGAAUUGUUGUUUGCUGCAGUCGUACUUUGAACAGAUUUCAGAAUGUUAGCGACUGUACAUCCAAGUCUCUUCAAGAAAACACACAAAAGAGUAUUUCCUAAAGUGCCAAACUCUUCCUUUAAAAGCAAAGUUGAAUCAAGACAGUGACCACGUUGGGUUAUUUUGGGACAAAGUGCCAGCCCAGUGACAUUUUAUGGAAGUUUUUAUAAGUUUGCUAAUUAGAAUGUGUUUUUUUAUGUGUGUGAUAUUUAUUUGCAUUUUGUAACUGUGCACUGACUUUUACUGAUAACGAUAAGACCAACUGAAUACAUCUUUUGGUGGACCGGGACAUUUUAAAAAGAGUUAUUGCAGGGUUUUUAUGGUUGAUUGAUUCCUUUAUGUUGAUUUUCAUAUUUGUAUUUAUUAUUUUUGUGAGCUUAACCAAGGAGAAUGUAUCACAUACAAAUAAUCUAACACUAAUGUGAGGAAUCAGCAUUUUGAAACAGACCCACUCAAACACAAUAGAAGUUGUUUCAACAAAAAGCUAUUUAUUUUUUGAAAAUGAAACUAUUUUAGAAUCCUGUUAUUAGUUAUGUGAAAACAGGAAAAUUGCUGAACCCUCUUGCACUUUAUUACUCUGAAGUCAUCAGCCAAUAUCAGGCUCUUAUUUUCAAAGAAUGACUUAAAUGAACAUGUGCCAUCGGGGAUGAGUGAGAUUUUCUUUUUGUUUCUUUGGCAGCAUUAUUGUUGCAUUAUUAAAAUGACUUGACUGCUAUCUAAUUUUGCCAAAUGUUGUCUGAAGAAAAAUGCUUUGACUGUGUGCUAUAACUGUGAUUACUGUGCCAAAAUCAGCUUUAAAAGCAGACAGGAUUUAUUUAGUGUUGAGGCGGUGAAUGAUUGGGUAUUUGAAUUAUAUCCAGUGGCCUUUACUGUAUACAAUCCUUCAACCAGGACAGUUAUCCAACUUUUAUUAGCUACAUUGAAUUUUCUAUCUUGACAACACAAAGUCAUAAAUAUCUUUAGUAUAUAUGAAGCCACGUGAAGUGAACCAGGCCAAAGGCAGCAACCAUUCCAUAAAUAUUCCCCUUUUUGCUUCUUGUGUUUGCUUUUGUACGGACGAACCAUAAGCUGAAUACAUGUACAUAUUGUUUUCUACGAUGGUGUAUUGUUUUCGUAUUGAUGUAUAUAUUCUGGUUUCAAUGCCAUGAAGACUACUCUGAAGACGUGUGUAAUAAUGAAGAAAUAAAGCACCUUUCCACAACCAAA